AUGCGCAUUUUGUGUAUUAUAGCAAGUGCACUGGUUUUGACGCCUCGCUCUGUUGCAGUGCUUCCUGGGCUGCGCCUUCACCGCUGGCGGGUUGGUAAGUGGUCGCAAGGGGCUGCAGCCCUCGCCCUGCGAAUGGCGGCCGCAGACGCCAUGUCCUUGGCCGCCACUUCCUUCGCGUAUCAGUCGCUUUCAUCGCCCAUUCCUUUGGGGACCGCAAUUGAACCAACUGUGGUGUCCUCGCAGAUCGUGAACGGCCAGUUCUCCGCCGCGACGGCGAGGGCGAAGGUGGCGGAGCGCUACAAGGACAACGCCGACGCCCUCAAGGUGGCCAAUGACUCCAUCGACACCUGCGCCAAGGAAGUGACGGGGACGGACGCGUGCGAAACGGGCACGCAGCUGCGCGCGUGCAUCGACAGGACGGCGAAGCAGCUCUUCAGUGCCAGCCGCUGACGGCCACGCCGCUCUCCGCCAGCACCGCCAC